AUGGACCGACAGCCACAGCUAGGAUCUGUCAGGAGGGCGAGGGAGCAGGCUGGGUUAAGAGAAGGUCCUUCAAUUCGGAGGGUGGAAGACAAUGAGCCUCAGAUAGCCCGGCCUAUCAGGGCGCGAACAGCAGGAGCUGGGAUGCAACAACAACAACAACAACAACAACAACAACAACAACCGCGGACUCAACGGCCACCACCGCCGCCAGGGCUUCAGACAAGGGAAGGCGGUAUCGGAAUAGCCAUCUCAAGACCGAUCCCGGUGGUUUCACAGUGGCCAUUGGCAUCACAAGCCGCAGUUCCUCUUACUGGGCAGGGGCAAGAUCCAUAUCGACCUCCUGCUGGGAAAUCGCAACCACCAGUGCGGCCACCGCGACCGAGCAGAGUGCCUUCCAUUUUGGACAACUCCAGAGUGCAGGACCCCACGCCAGUCUCGGGCUUCCAUUACAGAUCACAGCAAGGUGGAAUAGUAGCAGUGCCAGUUGACCAGCAACAGGAGCACUUGUUAACCGUCCCCGAGACGGCUCCUUCUCUUUCCCGGCCAUCCACGCUUUCAUCGUUGGGGACCAUCCCCGACUUCCCGCUGCCCGGCCAAAUGCCUGCACCACCUCCACGACGAAGCGUCACUCUCGGACCGCCGCCAUCAGCCAGACGCGGAACGUCAUCCUUCUACUCAAAUGCCUCCUUCGUUUCGCCCAUCCCCGAGGAAAGCCCAGGAACACGAUCGAGAUCCCACACGUCCUUUGCGUCCAGCGCGGCAAUGCCCGACAGCUGGGGCACCGUUUCCCCGGGACUCAGCCCACAGUAUCCGUCGACGGAUCACGAGGAGCACGUCAUGGGAAUCCGCAACCACAACAACAAUGAAAACGCACCUCCAGGGUACGAGGAGGAUGCCGAAGACAGCCGACUGGUCAGGAACGCGAGCGUGGGGAAGAGGGCGAAGCCUACGUUGGUGACGGCGACGAGUCCACGUGUGGGAGGAGCGGGAGGAUGGGCUGGCGAGAAUCAAGGGACGGGUCCCGGUCCGACGACUCCUGGUACGCCCUUCCGAGACCCCUUUGCUACGGGGACGGGCUAUAUCGAGAACUCCAGCUCGUCGAGUACAAAGACUCCCCAGAACAAGACGCCUAUCGGGUCAGCUAUUACGACAGAUGCGAUUUUGGAUGCGUAUGAUAAUGCCAGCUCGUAUGAUCAAACUUCUUCGUCGAAUGAGAGGAUGCCCGGAGGACGGAAUUACAGUCGGUUUUCGGCCAUUAGGAGACCCCCUAAUCUCGACAUGGAUGCUGUCCGCAAAGCUCAGGCCAGGGGAAGUUUGACGAGUCUUUCAGAGCUGAUACGGCGGGCGACUCGGUUGGAACAGAGUCUGGAGAACGGCAAGAGGCCUGCGAGUAGGAUCGAGGAGCAGCUGUAUGAUGAUUUCGGACACGAGAAGGAGAUGUCUGUAGAAAACGAAAAACACCAAUCCGGCUUCUCCGACAUGCUCGCCGCCUUCCCACCUCCCGCUCAGCCCCGAAUCCCACCCCGCCGCUUCCGCGACUCCCUCCGAGACCAAAUCCAAUCCUGGCCUCUAGCUCUCAACCGCUCACCCAACAACUCCCGCGGCGACGGCAGCGACCAACGGCCCAACGAUCCCAGCAACAAGAAACCCGGACGUCGCAUCUGCCGCCUGCCCGUCUGGGGUUUCAUCCUCCUCGCCACGGCCAUCGUCCUCCUCACCGUUGCCGCCGUCGUCAUCCCCCUCGAAUUCCUAGUCCUUCAAAAACACAAGGGAGACGGCGCCGGCUCCGCCCAGCAACAGCUGCAACAAUGCGAGCAACAACUCACCUGCGAAAACGGCGGGACCAACAUCGUCUCCCAAGGCUUCUGCUCCUGCAUUUGCAGGAACGGAUUCACAGGCUUCAACUGCAACGCCACUGCCACUUCGGGGUGCAGCGCCAUGACCUGGCCCGGACUCGACGGGGACGCGGCCACGAUUGGCGCAGCCAUCCCGCGCUUGGUGCCAGAUGCGUACAAAAACUUUUCGAUCCCGUUGGAUGGGUCGGAAAUCGUGGCCAAGUUUAACCGGGAGGGACUCAGCUGUGGGGCUCAGAAUGCUCUGGUCACUUUCGACGGCAGAGCGCUCAGACAAGGGGAUGCAAGGAGUCAGGUGGUUAGUUUGGAUACUACUAAUGAUACCAAUGGAAGCGGAAAUGGAGGCGCUGAUGUGAAUGCGGCUGUUAUUGUGGAUGGAGUGGAGAUUACGACGCUUUCGGUACUGGCCGGGCAGUUGACGACGAUCACGCUGGAGGCGCCGUUGCCGGCUACGUCGGUGCCGGCGGCUACGACGAGUUCCGGGAGCGGUUCUAGCUCCGGAAGUGGAAGCGGCAGCGGCUCAGGCUCCGGUGACGGCUCCGGUGACGGCUCUGGCUCAGGCUCCGGUGACGGCUCCGCCAGCUCCACACGAACCAUCGUGACCACCCUGACCAUGGCCUCCCAAGCUCCCGGCGCCAGCCCGACCUUCGCCGUCACCGAAGAAAUCCUCGACUUCGCUAGGGUCGCAGUUCUCUACAUCUUGCAGGAGGAAGCCCUCACUAGUGCCGAGGAAGCGCAGACGGCGAUCCAGAAGGUGUUCUCCCAAGUGAGCUCGGCGAUCCUGAACAAGGGGAGUAACCCUGUCAGUCUGGAUACCGCCAGGAAUGUUACCGUAGGCAAUGGUAAUUCGGUUGAUUUUGUUGGGUUUAGGGUUGAUGUUGGUGAGGGAUUGGUUGGGGGUGAGUCGCAUCCAACGAGGUUACGACGAGCAGAGGGGAGUGUCUUGGCAUGGUUUUAUUUGCAAUGA